AUGUCAUACGACUACCUCUUCAAGUACAUAAUCAUCGGAGACACUGGUGUGGGGAAAUCUUGUCUUCUGUUACAAUUCACCGACAAGAGGUUCCAGCCCGUGCAUGAUCUCACAAUCGGAGUGGAAUUCGGGGCUCGGAUGGUCACCAUCGAUGGCAGGCCUCUCAAGCUUCAGAUUUGGGACACGGCUGGCCAAGAAUCCUUCAGAUCCAUCACUAGAUCAUAUUACAGGGGAGCAGCUGGUGCUCUACUUGUUUAUGACAUAACCAGGAGAGAGACAUUUAAUCAUCUUGCAAGCUGGCUGGAAGAUGCUCGGCAGCAUGCAAACCCAAACAUGACGAUCAUGCUUGUAGGAAACAAAAGUGAUCUUGCUCACCGAAGAGCUGUAAGCAGAGAGGAGGGAGAACAGUUUGCCAAAGAAAAUGGACUUUUAUUUUUGGAAGCAUCUGCUAGGACAGCCCAAAAUGUCGAGGAGGCAUUCACAAAGACCGCGGCAAAAAUACUUCAGAAGAUCCAGGAAGGCGUAUUUGAUGUAUCCAAUGAGUCAUCUGGUAUCAAGGUUGGCUAUGGGCGACCCCAAGGUCAACCCGGGGCGAGAGAUGGAGCAGUUGCACAAAGAGGUGGAUGUUGCAGCUAA